AUGUGCGAAACCCAACCACUAUUUCCGCAAAGUGACAUUUUACAAGAUGUACAGAAAACUACAGACCUUGACUUGCAAGUCCAGACAAAUAACUUAAUGAACCUGGGUGAUAAACUUAUUGUGGACGAGAUUGAAACCGGAGAAGUUGAAAAAGGCUUCUCUUGGCAUAAAUUAUGGAAGUACACAGGACCAGGAUUUUUGAUGAGCAUAGCAUAUAUAGAUCCAGGAAAUUUGGAGGCAGAUCUUCAAACAGGCGCAACUGCUGGUUAUGCAUUGCUGUGGCUGUUGCUUUACGCACACAUUGCCGGUCUUUUGAUUCAAUGUUUAUCGUCUAGAGCAGGCGUGGUCACAGGUCAACAUCUCGCACAAUUGAUUCGAAAUAAUUACCCACGUUUAGUAUCGAUUGCACUUUACAUAAUAACGGAGCUCGCCAUCAUUGGUUCAGAUAUCCAGGAAAUUAUUGGAACAGCUAUAGCAUUGAGAAUUCUUUUCAAUUUACCUUUAUGGGUGGGAACUUUGUUAACUACUAUGGACACAUUUACUUUUAUGUUACUCCAGAAUUAUGGUGUGAGAAAACUCGAGGCACUCUUUAUAGUUUUGAUUGCUACGAUGGCUGGAUGUUUUUGGAUAGAAAUGUUUAUGAGUCGUCCAGAUUCUGGGGAAAUUGCUAAAGGAAUACUAAUACCAACGGUUCCAAGUAAUGCUGUUGUGCAGGCAGUCGCGUUAAUUGGUGCUGUGAUUAUGCCCCAUAAUCUAUAUCUUCAUUCAGCUUUAGUAAUGACGCGUAAAAGAGAGCCAGUUACGAUAGAGAAACUCAAAGAAGCAAAUUUCUAUUUUGGUAUUGAGAGUGCUUUUGCCUUGUUCUGCUCUUAUCUGAUCAAUUUGGCCAUCGUCGUAGUAUUUGCUUCGGUAUUUUUCGUUCCUGGUGAAAUAACAAAUAUGCCUGGACUUUUCGACGCUGCAGAUGUAUUAUAUAAGACUUUAGGAAAUGGAGCUAAGUAUCUUUGGGCUUUGGGUCUAUUGGCCGCUGGACAAAGCUCAACUAUGACAGGAACAUUGGCAGGCCAAUAUGUGAUGGAAGGAUUCUUUGGGAAAAUUUUCAAAAAAGCUUGGCAUCGUGUUGCUAUAACGCGUUCUAUUGCUUUAAUACCGUCCAUGUUAGUGGCAAUCUUUGCGGUGGAUCAUUUUGAUACCAUGGGUGAACUUCUUAAUGUUCUCCAAAGCCUCUGUCUUCCCACCGCUCUAUUGCCGAUUCUCAAACUAACCAGUUCAAAUUUAGUUAUGGGUAACACAUUCAGUAAUCAUCGCUUUUGGAAACUCGUUACUUGGUGUCUAGCAAUCAUUAUAAUGUGUUUCAACAUGUAUCUAUUUUUCGUGUAUCUCGAAGAACUCGAAAACAAAGUACUCGGCUAUUUCUGGGCUAUUGUUUAUUUCAUAUUCAUCGCAUAUAUUGCAUUGUUGCCUAUACAACCACAAACAUUGAUGACAAAAGACGCAGAUCUGGAAGGUUAUAAGGCAAUUAUUGAUCAAACUCCUCUUUCUGACGGAAGAGAUCUUCACGAAAUUGAGGAGGAAGAUGAAGAUUUAACAUUGGACAAUUCUGUAAUCUAA